AUGUCUUUGAAAUUACCACAGAAUCCUAAUGCUGGAUUGUUUAAGCAAGGCUACUCUAGUUAUUCUAAUGCCGAUGGUCAAAUUAAUAAAUCUAUCAGUGCUAUUCGUGAAAUUCACCAAAUGUGUUUAACUUCAAUGGGUCCAUGUGGUAGAAAUAAAAUUAUUGUUAAUCAUCUAGGUAAAAUUAUUGUUACUAAUGAUGCUGCCACCAUGUUAAGAGAAUUAGAUAUUGUUCACCCUGCUGUUAAAGUUUUAGUAAUGGCUACUGAACAACAAAAAAUUGAUAUGGGUGAUGGUACCAAUUUAGUAAUGGUUUUAGCUGGUGAAUUGCUAAAUGUUUCUGAAAAACUAUUAAAUUUGGGUCUUUCCGCAGUUGAAAUUAUUCAAGGUUAUAACAUGGCUAAGAAUUUUACUUUAAAAGAAUUGGAUGAAUUAGUUGUCGAUGAAAUUAUUAAUAAAAACGAUCAGACCGAUCUAUUGAAAGUUAUCAAGCCUGUCAUUGCUUCAAAGCAAUACGGUUCUGAAGAUAUUUUAAGUCAAUUGGUUUCUGAUGCAGUUUCUCAUGUCUUACCAAAAAAUGUACCAGAAGGUAAAGUACCAUUCUUUAACGUCGAUUCUAUAAGAGUAGUUAAAAUAAUGGGUGGUUCUUUAUCAAACUCGUAUGUCGUUAAAGGUAUGGUCUUUAACCGUGAACCGGAAGGUAGUGUCAAGUCUUUGCCAGAAGGUAAAAAACACAAGGUUGCUGUAUUCACUUGUCCAUUGGAUAUCGCAAACACUGAAACUAAAGGUACUGUGUUGUUACAUAAUGCUCAAGAAAUGUUAGAUUUCUCUAAAGGUGAAGAAAAACAAAUCGAUUCCAUGAUGAAGGAAAUCGCCGACAUGGGUGUCACUUGUGUUAUUGCAGGUGCUGGUGUUGGUGAAUUGGCUUUACACUAUUUGAAUAGAUAUGGUAUCUUAGUAUUAAAAGUACCAAGUAAGUUUGAAUUAAGAAGAAUUUGUCGUGUUUGUGGUGCCACUCCAUUACCAAGAUUAGGUGCUCCAACUCCCGAAGAAAUUGGUUUUAUCGAAACUGUCAAGACUCAAGAAAUCGGUAGCGACAGAGUAACUAUUUUCCAACAAGAAUCCGAUGAAGUAACAAGAACUGCAACUAUCGUUUUAAGAGGUGCUACACAAAACAAUUUGGAUGACAUAGAAAGAGCCAUUGAUGACGGUGUUUCCGCCAUUAAAGGUUUGAUGAAGCCAAAUGGUGGUAAAUUGUUACCAGGUGCAGGUGCUACUGAAAUUGAAUUAGUCUCAAGAAUUACUAAAUAUGGUGAAAGAACUCCAGGUUUAUUGCAAUUGGCCAUUAAACAAUUUGCCUUGGCAUUCGAAGUCAUUCCACGUAUAUUGGCAGAAACAGCAGGUUUGGACGUUAACGAAGUAUUGCCAAACCUAUAUACCUCGCAUACUGUUAACGCCGGUGACGAAAGUUCCAAAGAUCAUCUAUUCAAAGGUAUCGAUCUUGAUAACGAAACAGCAGACGGUGUAAAGGAUGUCAGAGAUGAAGGUAUUUACGAUAUGCUUGCUGCCAAGAAAUUCGCCAUCAACGUCGCCACAGAAGCUGCUACCACAGUGCUGUCCGUAGAUCAAAUUAUCAUGGCCAAGAGAGCUGGUGGUCCAGCCCCACCUCAAGGCCCAAGACCAGGUAACUGGGACCAAGAAGAUUGA